AUGCCGCUGAGGGCCUUCAAGGAGAACCCGGGCUUCCAGGACCUCCCACUUACGUUCCCCGGAGACAACGGGCGCCCUGGAACCCCUGGACCUCCCGGUGACCAAGGGGCUCCAGGAUUUCCAGGUCUCCCAGGACUCCCCGGAACCUUCACAGGGACUGGAGGGCGUGGAGCUCCAGGUUUCCCUGGUACCCCAGGACCAAAGGGUGAGAAGGGUAACCCCGGCAUCCCGAGCUACGGCCCCGAGGGACAGCCUGGCAGUACUGGACUGCAGGGGCCCCAAGGAUCCCGCGGACCCCCUGGACCCCCCGGAGAUUCAGGGGACUGUCUUGUGCCGGUGGAGGAAACUCCGGGGCCUGAAGGACCACCAGGACCCAGUGGGACACCCGGGUUCCCUGGAGCCAAGGGCGAGCCAGGGAAUGGAGGAGCACCCGGCUACAACGGUGCUCAGGGACCUUCAGGCCCAGCUGGACCUCGAGGAGGAUUUGGGCGUAAAGGAGAGAAGGGCACUUCCUAUUACCCCGUCCAGGGUUAUGGAGUGAAAGGGGAGAUUGGAGCACCUGGACCCAGAGGACCCAACGGAGAGACAGGAAAACCAGGACGAGAUGGGUUACCGGGCUUCCCUGGCGCCCCCGGAGCUCCAGGCGAUGCUGGAUAUGGUACAUUGGGUGAAAAGGGUUUCCCAGGAUUCCCAGGUUCUAAAGGUCUUCCUGGAGGUCCUGGAGAACCUGGGAUUGGUUACGCAGGGACCCCCGGAUACAGAGGCGAGCCCGGAGACCCUGGUAUACCCGGUUUGCCUGGAGCACCCGGGUAUCCUGGAGAGAAAGGCACCAACCUGCCCUGCACUAUCCCCGGCGAGCCUGGAGAGCCCGGUUAUAAUGGCAUCCCGGGUCGACCAGGUGGAAAGGGGCUGCCAGGUCCCAAUGGAAACUCAGGUCGUCCUGGUUUUAACGGAGCCAAAGGAGAAAGAGGAGAUCCAGGUUAUGGAGGCCAACAAGGACUGCAAGGUUUCCCUGGACCCAGAGGGGACCCUGGACUCCCAGGUGUGCCAGGGACCAGUUCAGAUGGAGAGCGCGGGAAGAAUGGUGUGCCUGGUAUUCCUGGAGCAAAGGGCCAGCCUGGAGAGGUGCUGGGGGCCACUCCUGGGACCCCUGGAUCCAACGGCUUUCCUGGGCCCCCUGGAGACAAGGGGCAGCCUGGCACUCCUGGAGGACCUGGUGCACCUGGUGUGGAUGGUCGAAAUGGUUUCCCCGGGUUAAAGGGGGAGCGAGGAGUGGAUGGAGCUCCAGGUUUCCCUGGCGCUGAGGGACCUCCAGGAGAAUACACCGGCGGAGUCCCAGGACGCAGAGGAGACCCAGGUCCCAAAGGACUGAGCGGACCCCCAGGCUGUCCAGGUUUCCCUGGGCGCAAAGGAGAGAGAGGAGACCCAGGGUUCCACGGCCCCGCAGGCAUGAAGGGAUCCCCAGGUCUGCCAGGAAUCCCCGGGACUCCUGGACUCCCAGGACCCCCCGGACUCGCAGGACCAGGCACCGUACCUGGCCGUCCUGGAAUACCUGGCAUCAAGGGUGAGAGAGGUUUCCCAGGUCUUACAGGCUUCCCCGGUCAGCCUGGUCGUCCCGGAUCGCCUGGUUUUCCAGGUGGAAAGGGAUUCCCAGGAGACCCAGGAAGAAACGGACUGCCCGGCGGUCCUGGAUUCCCUGGACAGAAAGGGGAGAGAGGGUACCCCGGCAACCCUGGUCGUCCUGGUAUUGCACCACAGGUUCUUGUGACAAAAGGAGACUAUGGAAACCCUGGCAUCAGCGGCUUACCAGGAUUCACUGGACAAAGAGGUGACAAAGGUCUGCCGGGUUUGCCUGGGCGUCAGGGUUUACCAGGACUGCCCGGUUUCGCAGAGCAGAGUAAAGGUCUUCCAGGAGUUCCCGGUUUCCCUGGGAGACCGGGAACACCAGGAUACCCCGGACCAAAGGGAGAGGCUGGCAUCAACGGGUUUCCUGGAGGAUCUGCACCGAGGGGUGACGAUGGUGUUCCUGGUUUGCCUGGUAAUCCCGGAGAGCCUGGUCGUCCUGGUGCUAAAGGUCUUCCCGGAGAUACUUAUGGUGGUUAUCCUGGAAGCCCCGGACCCAAGGGACAGCCUGGAGAAGUCGCAUUUCCAGAUCCUCCAGGAAACCCGUUGAUGCCAGCCUCUCCCUUUGGUCCGGGGUAUCCUGGUGUUCCCGGUCUCCCAGGGAAACCGGGAACUCUGGAAGACCUUUACUCUGCUCUGCGAAACCGGGCAGUCCUGGUAAACCCUGACGCCCAGGCAAACCCGGCAGACCUUUGUCACCUGCACAAAUAUGAAAGGGUUUAG